AAACAACCCCAGAUUGCGCCCCUACCAACGCCUUCUCCCUCCUUCCUAUCCUCCCCUGCCUGCCUGCCGCCUCCCCUCUGCUCGCCGUCGCCCCCCCCUCGCCUGCCUGCGCUCGACUUGCGCCGCGCAUCCCCUCCCCUCCCUUCCCCCUUUCCCUUCCCCCUCCCCUCCCCGCCCGACCCGCGCCUGUUUCUUUCUUCUACGUCUUCACGCCGAGACCUAAAGCGCCCAGUCUCCUUCCGCAACCAUGGGUAACACGAUCUCCUCCCCGAAGAAGCUGACCGACGGCAAGAAGCCCUCCAAGAAGAUCACUCGUGAUCAGAUCGGUCUCCCUCGCGACUUCCAGCACACUAGCCAUGUUGGUGCCGGUGAUGUCUCCUCUGCCCCGGAGUCUGCCUUCAAUCCGGACAUGCCCCGUCGUACGCCCGGGGAGAAUGCAGCCAUCGAGGCCCGGGUUAACGCUCGCCUUGCUGCCCUGGACCUCGACGCUGAUGACCCUCUUGCUUCUCUCCCCCCGCGUGACGAGGCCGCUGCUCCUGUCGAGGAGGCCGCUGCCCCUGCUGAGGAGACUGCCACCCCUGCUGAGGCGGCUGUUCCUCAGUCUGCCUCGGCCACCUCCUUUGACUCGGCUGUGACUGCUUCCGAGGGCCCGGUCUCUACCUCCCCUGCUGUUGCUGUUGCUGUGGAGGAGGCCGCCCCUGUGGAGGAGGCCGCUCCUGUUGAGGAGACCUCCGUCGAGGAGGCCGCCCCUGUUGAGGAGACCGCCCCCAUGGAGGAGUCCCACAUCGAGCCGGUUAUCACCCCGAUGCCCAUCACCAUGGUCCCGAUCAUGGCCUCCUCCAUGUCGAUGGAUGAUGACUCGGAGCAGCCGGACCUGGCUGCCACUGCCGCCCGCGCCGAGGAGGAUGCCCCUCCGGGCCACCACAUCCCCAUGACCACCGGUGGCGAUGUCCCGGUUGGCGAGGAGUCCUUCAGCCUGGACACCCCUCCCCAUGGCCACCUGCCGGAGGAUGAGGAUCAGGACCUGCAUCAUGCCGACUCGGCUGACGAGCUGUCCCACACUUCCGACGACAAGCCGGACCUCCUGAUGGAGACCUCUUCGGAGCCCAUUGAGGCGCUGGUCCAGUCCUCGCUGGCCGAGGAGGAGCCGGCCGCCGCGGCCGCCGCUCCUGCCGAGGAGCCGGCCGCCCCGGCCGAGGAGGACGAUGAGACUGCCGGCAAGGCUCAGCCCGAGGCCGCUGUUGCCGUCGAGGAGGAGUCCCUCUCGUCGUAAGUGUGCACCAGUGGUGUGCCUCCUACGCUGCCAUAGCCCUGCUGCGCCCUCCUCCCCCCCCCUUUCCCCCCCCCUCUCUCUCUCUCUC